CGAAAACUUUGUUUUUUCUUCCUCGAAAAAAGUGUAAUAUUUGUGGCUGAAAUAAAAUAAUAAGUUCCAUCAUGCUCCGUGUUCCAUUAACUCGGGCAAUAUGCUUGACACAUUCAUCGAGAGUUUUGGUCACAGCAUCAGCUCGUUUACAGUCAAAUAUCCCUGCAAAAGCACCAGAAAAAGUCGAAGUUUUCAUCGAUGAUCAGCCUGUUAUGGUUGCUCCAGGCACAACUGUCUUACAAGCUGCAGCGCAAAUUGGUGUUGAAAUUCCACGAUUUUGUUAUCACGAACGAUUGGCAGUAGCUGGAAAUUGCCGUAUGUGCUUAGUAGAAGUAGAAAAGAGUCCUAAACCAGUCGCUGCAUGUGCAAUGCCAGUAAUGAAGGGAUGGAGGAUCAAAACAAAUUCAGAAAUGACUCGUAAAGCCCGCGAAGGAGUUAUGGAAUUCUUAUUAGCAAAUCAUCCAUUGGAUUGUCCAAUUUGUGAUCAAGGUGGUGAAUGUGAUUUACAGGAUCAAGCUAUGGUAUUUGGAUCAGAUCGUUCACGUUUUACUGAUAUUGAUCAUGCUGGAAAGCGUGCCGUUGAAGAUAAGGAUAUUGGUCCAUUAGUUAAGACAAUUAUGACUCGUUGCAUUCAUUGCACUCGCUGUAUCCGUUUUGCAUCAGAAAUUGCUGGUGUGGAUGAUUUUGGAACAACUGGACGUGGAAAUGAGAUGCAAGUUGGCACAUAUGUUGAAAAAUUGUUCCUUACAGAGCUUUCAGGAAAUGUUAUUGAUUUAUGUCCAGUUGGUGCUCUUACCAACAAACCAUAUAGCUUCUCGGCUCGUCCAUGGGAAGUCAGAAAGAUUGACAGUAUCGAUGUACUUGAUGCUCUUGGAAGUAACAUUGUUGUCAGUACAAGAACUGGAGAAGUUUUAAGAAUCCUACCACGCGAAAAUGAGGAUAUUAAUGAGGAAUGGCUUUCAGAUAAGUCACGAUUCGCAUGCGAUGGACUUAAACGUCAACGAUUGAUUACUCCAAUGCUUAGAAAACCAAAUGGUGAAUUGGAAGCUGUUGAAUGGGAAACAGCACUUAUUGGAGUAGCCCAAGCUGUUCAAAAUGCAGGCGACAAAGUUGCAGCUGUCGCUGGAAGCUUAGUUGAUGCUGAACAGCUUAUUGCUGUUAAAGAUUUACUCAAUCGUUUGGGAUCAGAAUUGUUAUGUACUGAACAAAAAUUCCCAACUGCUGACGGUACCUCUGGAACAGACUUCAGAUCCAACUACUUACUCAAUUCAUCUAUUGCUGCAUGCGAGGAAGCUGACUUAGUGCUCUUGGUUGGAACAAACCCUCGCUACGAGGCUCCAUUGUUAAAUACACGCUUACGUAAAGGCUAUGUUCACAAGGAACAAGAUAUCGCAUUGAUUGGACCAAAAGUUGAUCUUUCUUAUCGCUAUGAACAUUUAGGAAACAGUUCAUCAAUUGUCCAAGAUAUUGCAAGCGGUAAACAUCCAUUCGCUCAACGCUUAAAAUCAGCUAAGCGUCCUUUGGUUAUUGUUGGUGCAAAUGCAUUGUCUCGUAGUGAUGGUAAGGCAUUCUUAGCUGGACUUCAUUCAUUUGCCAAUCAAUUAACACCAGAAGAUAAGAAUUGGAAAGUAUGGAAUGUCCUUCAAACAAAUGCAUCUCAAGUUGCCGCUCUUGAUAUGGGAUAUAAAGCUGGUGUUGAAGAGAUUGUUGCAGCUGGUCCAAAAGUCUUGUUCUUACUCGGUGCUGAUGGUGGUGCCAUUAAUAAAGAUAAUAUUCCAAAAGACUGCUUUGUCGUUUAUUUGGGACAUCAUGGAGAUAAUGGAGCACCUCUUGCUCAUGCAAUUUUGCCAGGCGCAGCUUAUACAGAAAAACAAGCAACAUAUGUAAACACUGAAGGGCGUGCACAGCAAACAUUAGUUGCAAUUACACCACCGGGUAUGGCACGUGAUGAUUGGAAGAUUAUUAGAGCAUUAUCGGAAGUAAUUGGAACUUCAUUACCUUAUGAUAAUUUGGAUGAAAUUAGAGACAGAUUAGAAGACGUUGCACCUCAUCUUGUACGUUAUGGACGUUUAGAAGAAAACAAUUUCUAUGCACAGGCUGCACAGCUUGCAAAAUUGCAAGCUUCAUCAUUGCAAGGAGAUAUAGAUGUCAAACAGCGAACACUCGCUGACUUCUUUAUGACAGAUUCCAUCUCAAGAGCAUCACCAACAAUGGCUAAAUGCGUGCAAGCUGUCAAAAAAGCUCAGGCAACAGCAUAAAGAAAUUUUUAUGUAUUUAGAAAAACGAGUUUUGUCAUAUAUAAGCUGUAAACUAAAUCUUUCAGAGGAACCUACCUUUGAGAGAUAAUCAAGAAUGAUUCAAAAGAUUAAAUUAAAUAAAAGAUUUAAAAAUUUU